AUGGCGCAAGCGAUCAAGGAUAGUUUCCUUGAUCUGGAGCGUCACCGCAAACGACUCGAGGAAAAUGUCGAGGAGUUGCGCAAGUCACUGCGACACUGGCAGACUUGGGAGGCAGAGUACGAAGGCUUGAAAGAAGAAAUCUUAGCCGUCAACCCCGCACCGGAUGCCACCCAGUUGCUAGAGAUUGCUCGCAAUUAUGAGGGUGAGCUUGUCAAUCAGAAAGAGAUGGCUGAGCUUCUGGGCAGUACCAGUAAUACCCCACGAACGUCGGCGCGAAUCGUGAAUCUCCUCGAUCGACGGCUGGACUAUUGCGAGCAGAACGUUUUCUCCAUUCAAAGGCAGAUUGAGACGGCCGAGAAGAAGUUGAUAUCAGCGACCAUCAUCAGCACCCCCGAUGUGCGGAACGAAGAAGGCCUGCCAUUGACUGAGAUCGUGGAGGAGCUUGAUGAGGAAGGAAAUAUUAUUUCGAGUCACACCUCUACGCCUGGAAGCUCGAAGCCGCAGCUUCUUGAAGUUUUGAAGAAAGCCGGCUUGAAAGAUAUACCAGAAGGUUCAUUGCCGGAGCCGGAAACUUCAAGCGCAAAGCAAGAAGAAAAUGAAGGAAAGAAAGAAAAGGAAGAAAAGGCUGUAGAGCCACCCAAAGCAACAAAACCUGCGAAGAAGGGCGUCAAGUUUGCGCCCGACACAAAAACAGGCCCCGACGAGAAGAAAUCUCAAACAGCAGAAAGAAUAGAACAAAUCAUGAGCAUUGCAAAACAAAACCAGGGCAGGCCCUCAGAGCCUCCAAUCAUUCCUACAAACGAGAGUCCAGAGGAUGCAGCUCUUCGACAAGAUAUGAUACAAUACAGUUUGUCAGAAGUCGGAGCUGUAGUGGCAGAGUUGGAACUUGAAGAGGGCAGCGACUGGAGUCAAGACGAGUACGAUGACGAGAUUAGCGAUACUGACGACGAAGACGAGUAUGGACGUUCUACCGGUCGAGUGGUCAAUGAUAAAAUCAGGAAACAAAUGCUCGCCUUGGAAGCCAAGCUCGGAAUUAAGGGUAUGAGAGAUAUCAAGGAGGAAUCCAGCAAUGUAGAAUUUGUGAAGGAAGGCAUUGGACGCAUUACCAUCAAAGGAGAUGAUACCGAGUCGAAUAGCAACACCGGCCAUUCAGCUGCUAGCGAGGGCAGUUCCCCAAAGAAAGCCGUUAGAUUUUCCGAGGAGAUUGAUAUCAAUUCAGACCCCCCACCACCUCCAACUCGUCAAACUCCGAAGACGGCCUCUGUAGGCAAUGUCAUAGAGCGAACCCCAACUUCCCAACCAUCUCUGCCUACGGCACCCAAAAAGUCCUCUCGCUUCGCCCAAGAGCGAGCUGCACGAGCAAACAACUCAAUAUCUGCUAAUCCAAUGUCUCCCAACCAGCGAUUCCCAAUCACAAACCAAUCAGAACCCAUCGAGCAACUCACCCGCACCGUCCCAACCGGACCUGAAGGCAAAAUCCUAGCCCCCGAAAUCGUUGAACACGAUAUCCCACUCGAUGCCUCAGCUACGGAACCAGACGAAUGGGACCCCCAGCUUUUACAUCAGGAAGUAGCUACCGAGUACCACAAGAUGCGGAAUCGAAUGAUUCAACGCGAGGGUGGGUUUAUGAAAGAGGAUGAGAGUGAAAUUGUACCUUUUACAGAGGAGGAAGGGGGUCCGAAGAAGAUGAGUCGGUUCAAGGCAGCGAGAUUAGCUAGUGCUGGUAGAUAG